UAUUCUGCUAUCAGGCUUGAACUGGUUCACCACCAACUCUUCGAAGUACCACUCCGGGUUUGUCCGCUCUACAUACCCAUCAUUACAACGUCGCCAUGAGUGCUUUAUCACUUCGCAGUUAUGGAGGCAGCCGAGGCUCAUCCUCCAUGUCUCUCGGAGGAGGUUACCAGAGUCGCAUCGCAUCACGGGCACCAAGCGUCUAUGGAGGGGCAGGGGGACAGAGUGUCCGCGUAUCUUAUGCUUCGGGCACCAGGAGCGGUUUUGAUCUGUCCAGUGCGCUUGGAGGUGACAAUGGCAGCUAUGGUAGUAAUGCAGUGUCGGUCAACGAGAAGGCCACCAUGCAGAACCUCAACGACCGUUUGGCCACCUACCUGGAGAAGGUGCGCUCCUUGGAGACGGCGAAUACUCAGCUCGAGCGUCAAAUCCGCGAGUGGUACGAGAAGAAGACACCGGUCAUUAGAGAUUACAGUAAAUACGAAGCUACUCUUGUCGACCUGCGCAGAAAGAUCAGUGCUGCCACUUUGAGCAAUGCCAGUCUCCUCCUGCAGAUAGACAAUGCCAAACUGGCAGCAGAGGACUUCAAAGUCAAGUUUGAGAAUGAAAUGGUUAUGCGUCAGUCAGUGGAGGCAGACAUUUCUGGACUGAGGAAGGUUCUGGAUGACUUGACCAUGUCCCGGUCAGACCUGGAAAUGCAGAUAGAGGGGCUGAAGGAGGAGCUGGUCUACCUCAAGAAGAACCAUGAGGAGGAGAUUGCUGCCAUGCUCGCCCACAUGAACGUCAGCUCAGUGAACGUGGAGGUGGAUGCAGCACCCCAGCAGGACAUGGCCAAGAUGAUGGAGGAGAUCCGAACUCAGUACGAGGGCAUCGCCGAGAAGAAUCGCCGCGACAUGGAGACCUGGUACAAGGGCAAGUUUGAUGAGCUGAACAAGGUGGUGACCAGCAGCACAGAGACCCUCCAGACGUCCCGCAGUGAGAUCAACGAGCUCAAGAGGACCUUUCAGGCCCUGCAGAUCGAGCUGCAGUCCCAGCUCAGCCUGAAAUCAGCCUUGGAGGGCCAGCUGAAUGAGACCGAGUCCCGCUACAGCAUGCAGCUGAACCAGCUCCAGGGCAUGGUCAACAGCUUGGAGCAGGAGCUGGGUCGCAUGAAGACGGACAUCGAGAGGCAGGCCGUCGAAUACCGCAUGCUCCUGGACAUCAAGACCCGGCUGGAGAUGGAGAUCGCAGAGUACAGGAGGCUGCUGGACGGAGAGGAUGUCGGGAGAGCUGUCAUCACCAAGAAGGUUGAGAUUGUUGAGGUCAAAAAACCGGAGCCAGUGGUGACAAAGAGAGUGAGGACGGUGAUUGAGGAGAUGGUCGAUGGAAAGGUGGUCUCCCGUACAGAGGAUGUGGAGAUGGAGGUCCCGAAAAAAUAGAUCCCUUGCCCACCCAAACCCACCUGUCAUUAAAAGCCUGGUUCCGCCUACAGCUAAAAGGAAUACCAGGUGUUGCCUGUAUGCUCGGUGAAUGUACAGCACUGUGCAAUCUUUGAUAAAUUGACCAUAUUUGAUAUUUAAAUUGACAAAACAAACAUGCUUUUGAAUAUCAUUGUUGAUCAAAUGAUAAUGUAUGAUGUUUGGUUGAAUUGUCCCAAAAUACAUAAUUAAAGAUGUUUCAGUAUCUACCGUA